CUGGCGGGAAAAGAGAAAGAACGUUCGAAUUUUCUCAUAUGUAAAAACUGGCUCAGAAGUUUGUGUUUCAUCCCAUCCUUUGGAGCCGUGUUGUGUUAUCUAGCAUUGUUGAUUGUGCUCUGUUUGAAACAGAUCAGUGUGUUUUAAGGUUCUCUGAUAAAAUGCCACCCAAAAGAAAGGCAAAGAAGGCCAGUGAAAAGACGCCUGCCACAGAAGAUUCUGGAGCGGGAGACACAGCCACUGAAGAAAAGCCUUCACCAAGCAAGAAACAGAAAAUAGAGGCAGAUGGAGAUUCAGGAAAGAAAGGUCCAGCAAAAAAAGGAAAGAAAGCCCCCAUCCGUAAGGAGGAUACAAUUGAACCCUUACCAGAGGGGACUGACACCUCAUUUCCCACUGAGGUCAACCCCGAUGCCAAGACAAAGGACGGGAGGAAAUUUUCACUGAAGAUUGCCUCAUGGAAUCUUAAUGGCAUUAGGGCCUGGUAUGAUAAAGACAAGAUGUCGUACAUUAAGACUGAAUCCCCCGACAUUCUGUGUGUCCAGGAAACCAAAUGUCAGGAGGAUCAGUUACCUCCCGGGGUCAUUGACAAGAAUUACCACAUUUACUGGUCCCCCGCGGAGAAAGCUGGGUACGCAGGGACGGGACUGUACAGCAAAAAGAAACCGAUUAAAGUCACAUAUGGGAUAGGUGUUGCCAAGCAUGAUGACGAGGGUCGAGUAAUUACAGCUGAAUACGAAGAUUUCUUCAUGGUCAAUGCUUAUGUGCCAAAUUCUGGUAAAGGGCUGGUGCGACUGAAGUACAGAACCGAGGAAUGGGACGGUGCCUUUACUGAUUACCUGAAGAAACUGGACGCCAAGAAACCUGUGAUCAUGUGUGGGGACCUUAAUGUGGCCCACACCCCUGUUGAUCUAAAGAAUCCUGCUACCAACAGAAACAAGACCCCUGGUUACACGGACCAGGAGAGGGAGGGCUUCACCAAGCUCUUGGGGGAGGGUUUUGUGGACUCCUUCCGUGCCUUGUACCCUAACGCCAGGGACUGCUGGUCAUUCUGGACAUACAUGAUGAAUGCCCGAGCCAAGAACAUUGGAUGGCGAUUGGACUACUUUGUGAUCUCCGAGCGACUCCAGAAAGACCUGUGUGACAGUGUUAUCCAACAGAAAGUUAUGGGUAGUGACCACUGUCCAAUCAUGUUACUGAUGGCAGGGCUAAAGUAGGAGAAGCCACAGGGCUCCAGUAAUAGAAUACUUAGAUACGGAUCAUUGAUGUAGGACAAGAUUUCUUUUGACUUACAAUCUUGUGAAUGAAACGAACCAGAUAUAGAUCUGUGUUGAUGAUCUGUAAAAUAUGGAUUAGUGUCUUUGUCUAUCAUAGAUCUGCUUUUACACUUUGAAACUCUUUGAGUAUCCUACUGUGGGAUUAGAAACAACACUUCUU